AGAAGAUGAAAUAGAACCAUUAUUUGUAUCAAACUUCCAAUUUCACGAGCUUCCACUUUUUUUUAUUUUUUGUUUUUCCUUAGCAGAUCCCAUUUCCCGCGCAAACCCAAUCUGAGUUGGCCGAGAAAACCAUAAACCGUUGACUCUUUCGUUUGGUUUGGUGAUGGGUAAGACGCAGCGCUUGGAUUUUGCUUCCUCCGGCAGUAACAGAGUCCCUCUUCUGAACAACAAGGAGGCUAAUAAUGGUGAUGGCCCCGUCACGGACCUUGAGCAUGGUGAUGCCGUACAGGCUGCGAAUGUUGGAUAUUGUCGAAUAUUGUCACUUGCUAAACCUGAUGCUGGCAAGAUAGUUAUUGCCACUAUUGCACUGCUGAUUGCAUCCACAACAAGUAUUCUGAUACCAAAAUUUGGGGGAACGAUAAUUGACAUUGUAUCAAGAGAAAUAAGAACUCCCGAACAGCAAGCUGAAGCUUGGGAGGCUGUCAAAAACACCAUAUUGGAAAUACUUCUAAUUGUUGUUGUUGGCUCUUUGUGCACAGCACUCCGAGCGUGGUUGUUUUCUUCUGCUAGUGAAAGAGUCGUUGCUCGUUUGAGAAAAAACUUAUUUGCUCACCUUAUUCAUCAGGAAAUAGCCUUCUAUGAUGUUACUCGGACAGGGGAGCUUCUAAGCAGGCUAUCUGAAGACACACAGAUAAUAAAAAAUGCUGCAACUACCAAUCUUUCUGAGGCACUGAGAAACGUAACAACUGCGUUUAUUGGUAUUGGAUUUAUGUUCUCAUCAUCUUGGAAGUUAACAUUGUUGGCUUUGGUGGUUGUACCUGUUAUUUCGGUUGCUGUAAAGAAGUUCGGGCGCUAUCUCCGAGAACUUUCACACGCAACUCAAGCCGCAGCUGCAGUAGCUGCCUCAAUUGCUGAGGAAUCUUUUGGAGCUAUCCGAACUGUUCGGUCCUUUGCUCAAGAAGGCCACACGAUUUCAAAUUACUCAGAAAAAGUUGACGAGACACUGAAGCUUGGACUAAGACAAGCUAGAGUAGUAGGUCUAUUUUUCGGAGGGCUAAACGCAGCGUCCAUGUUAUCUGUUAUCGUCGUAGUUAUUUAUGGAGCAUACUUGACGAUUACAGGCUCCUUGACUGCAGGAGCUCUUACCUCUUUCAUUCUUUAUAGCCUUACAGUUGGAUCCUCAAUAUCUUCUUUAUCGGGGUUGUACACAACUGCGAUGAAAGCUGCAGGAGCAAGUAGGAGAGUUUUUCAGCUUCUCGAUCGUGUCUCAGCCAUGCCACAAGCAGGCAAUAAGUGCCCCGCAGGAUACCCAGAUGGAGAUGUGGAAUUAGAUGAUGUCUGGUUUGCUUAUCCUUCUCGCCCGAGUCAUAUGGUUCUCAAGGGUAUAACAUUGAAACUGAGCCCUGGUUCAAAGGUUGCUCUUGUUGGUCCCAGCGGUGGCGGAAAAACAACAAUUGCAAAUUUGAUUGAGAGGUUCUAUGACCCUCUUAAGGGAAAGAUUUUACUGAAUGGAGUUCCAUUAGUGGAGAUAUCCCAUGAAUAUCUUCAUAGAAAGGUUAGUAUAGUGAGCCAGGAACCCGUUCUUUUCAAUUGUACGGUGGAAGAGAACAUCGCAUAUGGUUUUAACGGAAAAGCUAGCUUGUCUGACAUAGAAAAUGUAGCUAAAAUGGCUAACGCACAUGAAUUCAUUGACAUCUUUCCUGACAAAUAUCAAACUGUGGUCGGUGAACGCGGACUAAGGUUGUCAGGAGGCCAAAAACAGAGAAUAGCAAUUGCAAGAGCGCUAUUAAUGGACCCAAAAGUUUUGUUACUUGAUGAAGCCACAAGUGCUCUUGAUGCCGAGAGUGAAUUCCUCGUUCAGGAUGCCAUGGAUUCUCUGAUGAGGGGCAGGACUGUUCUUGUAAUAGCACACAGGCUUUCAACCGUAAAAAGUGCAGACAGUGUCGCCGUCAUAUCAGACGGUCAGAUUGCUGAAAGCGGCACCCAUGACGAGCUUCUGAACAGAAAUGGAAUUUACAAUGCACUUGUUAGGAGGCAGUUACAGGGAUCUACAACUGCCUAGUUCGGAAAAACCUUGGUUAUGAAAAAACAUUUAUGACCAAAUUGAUAACAAAAGUUUCCGUUCAGUUUGAAUCCUUGAAGAAGUACAUUGGUUUUCAAAAUAAAAGACGAUCUUGAUUGCUAACCUUAAACCUGCCACAAAUCUUCUGUCAGACCCGUAUUGAAAAACGUUUACACUAGGAGGGGUAAGAGUGACAAAAAGACUAGAGUUGGGGGUCGAAAAUCCCUUGGUUGUCUCUGUACUGUUCCCACCGUCGGUGGCUAGGAGUUCCGGAGUACUCGAAAUCUCCGGGUCUAUCGUGUUAGAUUGUCCUCUGUAAUUGUUGUUGGCUGUUUGAAUUUCAAUAAAAGCUACCCUGAUUCCUUUCA